GCACCGGAAGCGGAAGCGGGAGAGAGAGAGAGACCCGCCUCUUCCGGCAGCCGGCGAGGAAAGCGGGAGGAUGCGGGACGAGGAAGGCGAGCGAGACGGGGGCGGCGGAGGCCCCUUCCGCUUCCGCCCGGCCAGGCUCCGCUUCCCCGCGCAGCACCCCUUCUUCGAGGCAGGCGGGCGGGCCGGGGGGGGGGGAGAGGGGAGCCGGGGGGGGCCUCCCGGAAGUGGCGUCACCCGGGUCUUUCUUCCUUCCUCUUAGGACGGCGACGUCCAGCGGCAUCUCCGCCUCCAGGAUGCGCAGCCCAGCGCCCCCCCCGGAGGGGCCUGCCGGUGAGCGGCGCCCCUCUCCCCUCCCUGCGGGCGGGUCUGGGUGGCCUUUGGGUGCCCCUUGCGACCCCCCUCCCCGCUGUGUCUCCCGCAGGCCCCCCGCCGCCGCCGCCUUCUCGUGCCCGGCCGCGGGCUGCGCGCAGGACUUCGACUCCCUGGCCAGCUGCGAGCACCACUACGGCCUCCUGCACCGCAGCGCCUGCUCGGCCUGCCAGCGCGCCUUCCCCUCGCCGCACCUGCUGCACCUGCACCUGCUCGAGUGGCACGACGCCCUCUUCGGGGUCCUGGCGGAGAAGCGCAGCCUGGUGAGAGCCCGAGGCCCCUGGAAGGCAGGGCAGCCCCGGCGCCCACGUCCUCCCGCCUGCUCCAUGAAGACCAUUGCACCAGUAGCCAGCUGCUUCUUCAUGAUAAUCAUUUUAUGAUUUGUAUCUUGUCCGCCUGACUGUAUUGGCCCAGCCACUCUGGGCGGCUUCCAACAAAUUAUAAAAACGCAAUAAGACAUCAGAGAUUUUUUUUUUUAAAACCCAUCUCUGCUUGAGUGGUUGGGACCCCAAAUGCUGACCAGCCCCCUCUUGCCCCCUUUUCUAGUACCAAUGCCUGGUUGAGAGCUGUCCGGAGAAGUUCAAGAACAGCAAAGAGCGCAAGGAGCACUUGGUCCGAGUUCACUGCUACCCAUCGGACUUCCGCUUUGAUAAACCUGUGAAGGCAAAGAGGUAAGUACUUAGGUGUGGGUAAGGGGGGGGGGAGGCAGACAUGCUCACUGUUCAGCAGACUGGCUUCGGACAUGGAGCGGGGGGCGGAGCAGACAAAUCUUCUAGACAAAUCUAGUACUGUUUGGCUUUCUUUGGAAUCCUGCCCUUUUCGCCCAGGAGCCAAGGUAGGUGAGGCUGAGAGGAAGUGCCUGACCCCAAAGCCACUUGGUGAGCCUCAUGGGUGGGGAGAGAUUUAGAUCCUCUUCUUAAAAGUCUUUGCCUGCCACUGUGACUGCUGCACCACCCAGGCUCCUGCCUGCAUGUUGCAGGAAGAAAAGCAAGGCUGGGGGGAGAAGAAGCUGACAGGGGAGAAGGGCCUGGACUCACAGACAGCCUCCAUGUGGUGAGAGAAACUGGGGUGGUGGCAGCAGCAAGGUCCUCAUGCCUUUUCAUAAAGUUUGCAAGGGUUUUGCUCUGGGGCUGUGUUUUUGCGCCAGCACAAAGGCAGCGAGAUCUCCCUCCAGAGAGAGCACCUUCCCGAUGGAUGUGUGGGAGGGAGAAGACUGCAGGGAGCCGGCAGCGGACGAUGCCAUGGAAGUCGGCCCCAGCGAGAGCACAGAGGAGAAGCCGCCCCAGCCUGGGGCAGAGGACACGCCAGCCUUUCCGCCAUCUGAGAGGCGGCUCUACAGCUCCAGGUAGGAGCCUCUCCUGGAGCGGCUGUCCUCGUCUUAGCAUCCGCUUGUUCUUUGUGUGUGGAGAACGAUGUCAACGCUUGCUUCUUCUGUCAGCCACAAACUAAAAAGGGUCACAAAACCUCCAAGAGAAAAUAGGUAUCUCAUCUUAAAAUCCUGCCCCAAAUCUUUUAGAAUGGCUGGAAGCUGCAUGAAUGGCAUUGUGUGAGUGAAACUCAGGGCAAUUUGGCACUACUAACUAAUAUUGUUGUUUAUAUUAAAAUUAUAUCCCCUUUCCUCCUGAAGAAGCACAGGGUAGUAACGUCUUGAAAUGUGUAAGUCUGGCCUCUGGAAUAAGUCAGGAAGAGCUGUUUUGCUUUUGGAAUAUUGUUUGCAUGUAUAUAUGUUUGCAUAGCUUACUUACUGAACUGGUGGCUGAGUAAUUUUUUUACUAAUCAAAUGACAACGCUGCAUGCACUUGUGGUAACAUGAGCUCAAUAUGGAGGUACCAGAAAUGAGUUAAAAUAAGGAACUACACCCGUUGUUGAGCCUGAGUGGCUGAGCAACAGGAAAGCGUAACAAAUUUCUAUAGAUUUCUGGGCCUUCUGUAGUCACACAAGUUAUCUUAAACGGCAGCGCUCGCGUAUGGCAUUUGGAAACCUGAGAGGCCUCAGCCAAGCCUCUGAUCCACCCGGAGUCCUUUUUACUGCUGGCCAUGAGGGCACUGAAAGCUCUCUUGCUGUUCCUUCUCUUCCAGUGUCCCACACACUGUUUGCUUUGGACAAGGGGCAAAGCGCAGCUUCCAAGGCAGAAAAAAGAAGGCCUGAGGGACCAAAGAGGAACUUCAGGAAGUGGCAGAGUGAAGAAAGACUUUUGCAAAGCCCAGGCGGCCUUUCCUCGGGCGGAGGAGCUGGUUUUGACCCUUCAGCAGAGGCAAAGUGGGCUCUGGUGCAGGGAGGUGCGCCUGCCCUACCUGGCAGAGACAGUGAACUGGGUCCUUCUCCAACUGGGAGCUGCUCCUGCAGGCCAGGAGUCACCAGGACCAGAGUUGCGUGCAGAGGGUGAAAAUCGUUUCUGUAUUUUUGAAAAUAAAAUGCUUGGUGUUUACAGAAUCCUG